GGCAACGCGGGAGGCCCAGCGGGAAGGCAGGAGGCGGCGGCAGAGGAGGAGCUCGACUGAGCGGCAACUGUAGCGACAGCAACCCGAGUCUCCGCCUGCCACCACCUGCACCUGGCUCCCGGCCCACGUCCAGCACUCGGCUGGCCGCCGCUUCCCGCCGCCCUGCCCUGCCUACCCGCCAGGUUUUACCAUUUAAAGAAACCUUCUUGCCAGCAAAUCUAUGAUAAAAAAUAUAAGUAACAGAGGAAACAAUAGCUAUUAUUUGUCAAGUAACAAGCAUUUAAUGUCAGAAUGGCUCACCUAAAACGACUAGUAAAAUUACAUUUUAAAAGACAUUACCAUAAAAAGUUCUGGAAGCUUGGUGCAGUAAUUUUUUUCUUUUUAAUAGUUUUGAUUUUAAUGCAAAGAGAAGUAAGUGUUCAAUAUUCCAAAGAAGAAUCAAGGAUGGAAAGAAAUAUGAAAAACAAGAACAAGGUGUUUGAUUUAAUGCUAGAAGCUGUAAACAAUAUUAAAGAUGCAAUGCCAAAAAUGCAAAUAGGAGCACCUGUCAGGCAAAACAUUGAUGUUGGUGAGAGACCCUGUUUGCAAGGAUAUUAUACAGCAGCAGAAUUGAAACCUGCUCUUGACCGCCCACCACAAGAUUCUAACGCACCUGGUGCUUCUGGCAAAGCAUUCAAGACAACCAAUUUAAGUAUUGAAGAGCAAAAGGAAAAAGAACGUGGGGAAGUAAAACACUGUUUUAAUGCUUUUGCAAGUGACAGGAUUUCUUUACACCGAGAUCUUGGACCUGACACCCGACCUCCUGAAUGUAUUGAACAAAAGUUUAAGCGCUGCCCUCCUCUGCCUACCACCAGCGUCAUAAUAGUUUUUCAUAAUGAAGCAUGGUCCACACUGCUUAGAACUGUCCACAGUGUGCUCUAUUCUUCACCUGCAAUUCUGCUGAAGGAAAUCAUUUUGGUGGAUGAUGCUAGUGUAGAUGAGUACUUACAUGAAAAGUUAGAAGAAUAUAUAAAACAAUUUUCUAUAGUAAAGAUAGUCAGACAAAAAGAAAGGAAAGGUCUGAUCACAGCUCGGUUGCUAGGAGCAGCAGUAGCAACAGCUGAGACGCUCACAUUUUUAGAUGCUCACUGUGAGUGUUUCUAUGGUUGGUUAGAACCUUUGCUGGCCAGAAUAGCUGAGAACAACACUGCGGUGGUGAGUCCAGAUAUUGCCUCCAUAGAUAUGAACACAUUUGAAUUCAACAAACCUUCUCCAUAUGGAGGUAACCAUAAUCGUGGAAAUUUUGACUGGAGCCUUUCAUUUGGCUGGGAAUCACUUCCUGAUCAUGAAAAGCGAAGAAGGCAAGAUGAAACCUACCCAAUUAAAACACCCACAUUUGCGGGAGGCCUUUUUUCCAUAUCAAAAGAAUAUUUUGAGCAUAUUGGACGUUAUGAUGAAGAAAUGGAAAUUUGGGGAGGUGAAAAUAUAGAAAUGUCUUUCAGAGUAUGGCAAUGUGGUGGGCAGUUGGAGAUUAUGCCUUGCUCUGUUGUUGGACAUGUUUUUCGCAGCAAAAGCCCUCAUACCUUUCCAAAAGGCACUCAGGUGAUUGCUCGCAACCAAGUUCGCCUUGCAGAAGUCUGGAUGGAUGAAUAUAAGGAGAUAUUUUAUAGGAGAAACACAGAUGCAGCAAAAAUUGUUAAACAAAAAUCGUUCGGUGAUCUUUCAAAAAGAUUUGAAAUAAAAAACCGCCUUCAGUGUAAGAACUUUACAUGGUAUCUGAAAACUAUUUAUCCAGAAGUGUAUGUGCCAGACCUUAAUCCUGUUAUAUCUGGAUAUAUUAAAAGUGUUAGUCAGCCUCUGUGCCUGGAUGUUGGAGAAAAUAAUCAAGGAGGCAAACCAUUGAUUCUGUACACAUGUCAUGGACUUGGGGGAAACCAGUACUUUGAAUAUUCGGUGCAGCGUGAAAUCCGGCAUAACAUCCAGAAGGAACUGUGUCUUCAUGCUGUCCAAGGCAUCGUUCAGCUACAGGCAUGUGCCUAUAAAGGUCACAAGACAGUUGCUGCUGGAGAACAGAUAUGGGAGAUCCAGAAGGAUCAACUUCUAUAUAAUCCAUUCUUUAAAAUGUGCCUUUCAGCAAAUGGAGAGCAUCCGAGUUUAGUGUUAUGCAAUCCAUCAGAUAUACUCCAAAAAUGGAUUUUUAACCAAAAUGAUUAAGUGUUCCUUAAAAUUAAGGAGUUGAAAAGGAGAUAUUUUUUCUCAUAAAACUGUGACUAGGCAUACACUGUAGUUUUUGAAAAUUAUGCAAAAGCAGCUAAUUGUAACUUAUUUCCAAGUGCAUUUUUCUUAUUUAUAUUCUAAAAUGUCUAUGUAGCACUGCUACAGAAAUCCCAUAAUUCUCUUUCAAAGCGCAAUAGCUAGUGAUACCAAAGAUUAUUGUCCAGAUAUAGAAGAAAUGUUUACAGUGUGAUGAAAAUAAUCUUCCUAGGAGAGUGAUGUUUGUGUUCUGUACACUUGAGUGUCUGCAUAGCUACAUUCACACACUCAAGACUUAAAAUAUUUCCCCUAGUUUUGUGGGGUGAUGGAGAAAACUUUGAUACUGUAUUUUUAUAACUACAUAGAAAUGGAUCAAUGAAGGCCAAACAUUGGCCUUUGUAUGCAAACCAGGAACUUUUUGUAGAUCUAGAAUUUGUAGAUCUAUUAUUUUAAAAUGCAGGUAAAAUGUUUCUGUCUUUGGUUACUUAUCUGUCAAAAAUAGUACAUGAAUUUGAAUAAGGAGAAAAAUAUUUUUAACACUUAAAUUUCUGGGCAAAUUUAAAACUAUUUUGUAAUCUGAAGUCUACUCCACCGGAUGCACUUAAGUCUUCCCUAAAUAGCUUUUCCUAAGUAACUAUACUGUGUGUUUUCCCAUUGUAAUUUUAAAAAACUUCACAGAUUAUUAUAUGUUGAUAAGGUGUCCUUUUCCUUCCUACUAGUCUUUUUUUAUGUUACCAAAAAACACUAAUCUUGAAGAUUCAUGAUAUUGAAUUUCAAAUGCAAAAUACUUGACUGACUUAAUGCUAAAUUUUAUGUUAUUGAUUUAUUAUAGAUUGUUUUUGUAAUGGAUUUUUUUGUCAAAAGAGCCUUAUUUUUAUCUAUGUGGAAAACACAAUAAAAUAUCCAAAACACUAUUGUAA